CCCAUUAGACCCAUGGCGCAAUACAUGUGGAAGAGAGAUAUAAGUGGGAUAUAUGUAAGAGUCUUGGUACGAGUAUCCCUGUAAGAAGGCUCGCACAUCAUCGUGGACCCACAUUCCGCCAUCUACAAGAGCUCCCGUUCGUCCAUAGCUCGGAGCAGCCCCAGGCUUCUUCACUUCUUCAAAUGACAAAAAUCUCAAAUUACACCAUGCUUCUGCAUCUAGCGCGAUAUCACGCCGUCCAGGGUGAUCCAGCCCCUCGGCCCUUUCGAUCCUGCAGAUUGCCCGUCGUCUUUCAUAUUAAAUACGACCGCAUCAUGCAGUCAAUUCGCCUCGACCGUCUGGAGAAAGUUGAUGAUACAUUGCUGGUGGACGCCUCAAUGAGAUCUACUUUAGCCCGGUAAUUAAUUCUCAAACUUCAAUUAAUACUGCAAGCCGAAGACCGGGUUCGAGUUGUGGUGAUUGUCAGCUUUUACCGAAAAAGGUACAUUUCUAUAUCGACAAGGCACCAGGGGCGCGCCCCAAAACAUAGCCUCUCUUAGGUCUUCUAAGUAGGUUCAUAUUGGGUAGCAUAGGGGACUGAAACAUGUCUUCUUCUACUUGGACGAAGGCCGGCCAUGGGUUUGCCUGGUUCUUCAACUUGAACCUGGACCCCUACGGCCAACGCGAAGCCGAGCGCAAUGAUUCGAGGGAAGCAUCUCAAUCUCACCCCAAUGUCGAGCCGUACGACGAAACAGACCCCACUGCGGUCGGGUGGCUUGUGAGCAUUACACCGACACCCCGGGGCAUCUUCAAUUACUUCUACCGCCUAUUCCCGUUCCUGCAUUGGAUCACUAGAUAUAAUCUGACGUGGUUCAUUGGUGAUCUAAUUGCUGGUGUCACGGUCGGAGCUGUGGUCGUGCCUCAGGGCAUGGCUUACGCUCUCUUAGCGAACCUUGAGCCUCAGUAUGGACUUUACUCUUCUUUCAUGGGUGUACUUCUGUACUGGUUCUUUGCUACGUCGAAGGAUAUUACCAUCGGACCUGUCGCGGUUAUGUCAACUGUCACCGGUGGGAUUGUCAGUAGAGCAGAGAAGGCGAUUCCCGAUGUCCCCGGUCACACCGUCGCAUCUGCUCUCGCUGUUAUUGUCGGAGGUAUCGUAUGCUUCUUGGGUCUAGCACGACUUGGUUGGAUCGUCGAUUUCAUUCCGCUGCCCUCAAUUGCCGCCUUUAUGACCGGUUCAGGAAUCAACAUCGCGGUCGGACAGAUACCUACUAUGAUGGGAAUGAACAGCAAAAAGAAGAGAUUUUCGACGCGAGACGCCACGUACUUGGUCAUCAUCAACACCUUGAAGAACCUCAAGUACACCACGAUCGAUGCUGCCAUGGGUCUUACUGCUUUACUUAUGUUAUACAUUAUCAGGGGGACUUGCACAUACUUGGCCAAGAAGUAUCCCCGUCAUGAGAGAACGCUCUUCUUCGUUUCCACUCUCCGAACAGCUUUCGUCAUCUUGCUAUACACCGGUAUCAGCGCUGGUGUUAACCUACACCGCCGGACUAACCCUCUCUUCAGUGUCCUGGGUGAAGUUCCACGAGGAUUUCAACACGCCGGAGUACCUAACCUCGACCCGAAAAUCCUCUCCUUUUUCACCUCGGAGCUUCCCGCGGCCGUUAUCGUCGUCUUAAUCGAACACAUUUCUAUCUCGAAGUCAUUCGGACGUGUUAACAACUACGUCAUCGAUCCGUCUCAAGAGCUUGUUGCUAUUGGUGUUACCAAUCUUUUGGGUCCCUUCGUCGGUGCUUACCCAGCUACUGGGUCCUUCUCCCGUACCGCUAUCAAGGCGAAAUCUGGCGUGCGUACGCCAUUCGCCGGUGUUAUUACAGCUAUUGUCGUGCUUCUUGCACUUUACGCCUUGACGGCAGUCUUUUGGUACAUUCCUCAGGCCUCUCUUGCUGCUGUCAUUAUUCACGCUGUCUUGGAUGUCGUCUCCCCACCAAACGUCGUGUAUCAAUUUUGGAGAAUUUCUCCCUUGGAAGUCAUCAUCUUCUUCGCUGGAGUUUUAGUGACUAUCUUUGAUACAAUUGAGGAUGGAAUCUAUACCACUGUUUGUGUGUCCUUCGCUGUCUUCAUUUUCCGUUUGUUCCAGGCGAAGGGACACUUCCUUGGCGUCGCUAAAGUCCGUACCGUCGGAGAUUUAAGAUCCAACAAGCACACGAGCGAAAGCCAAUCCCUUUCUCAAGACCAGAAGACCACCCCAACCCUCAGGGAAGGUGGUAUCUCAAGCGAGCGUAACUUGUUCAUUCCAAUUAACCACGAUGACAAUUCAAACCCUCGAGUACCUGUCUCUCAUCCUUACCCUGGGGUGUUCAUCUAUCGGUUCUCGGAGUUGUUCAACUACCCGAAUGCGACCCGUGUCUUAGACGGACUUACAGCAGGGAUCUUCAAAGCCACUCGAAGAACAGACCCGGAAUCUCUUGGAAAACUGGGCGAUCGUCCAUGGAAUGACCCUGGUCCACGAAAGGGCAAGGUACUCCUUGAUGAUACGGAAGAGCGACCUAUUCUCAGGGCCGUCAUUUUGGACUUCUCCGCUGUCAACAAUGUCGAUGCAACCUCUGUGCAAGCCUUAAUUGACGUCCGCAACCAGCUCGAUCGGUACACGCAACCCGACACCGUCGAGUGGCAUUUUGCCAAUGUCAGAAACCCCUGGACCCGACGCGCCCUCACAGCCGCCGGCUUCGGAUUCCUGCGACCAAAGAAUGGAGAUGCUGAGCCUGGUCGCCGCUGGAAGUCCAUUUUCAGCGUAGCCGACCUAGCAGAUGCCGCCUCACCCCUUUCAAGCGACAAGCGACUAGGCGAAAAGAGCGCGAGCCGUGGUGACGAGGAAAACACGGUACAACCUUCAAUUAACGAGGAUGAUAGUGCCGUUCGUCAAGUGCCACUCUACGGUCUCAACCGACCAUUCUUCCAUGCUGAUGUACAGGAGGCAGUUGAUGCCGUGUUGGAGAACAUCGAGUAUCGACCCCCUGUUUUCAAGGCCUAGAUGUCGUGUACGAAAUAAAAGUGAUUUAGAAGAUAUAAUUCAUUUAUACCCUUGUUUCCGUUUGUCAUUUAGUUACGAUAUAUUAUGCACGAGUGAGUAGAUGUGGAAGCGGAAAGCUCCGAGGAUAUAUCAUGUACGAUAAUACGUCAAUCUUGAAUACCAACACUUUAGAACCCA